AUGAAGGACAUUCAACAGCCACACUUGCCAGGAGUAGAGAGUGCUACCCUAAGAGGCCUGUUGGACAAGCUUCCCCGGGAACAACCUCCUGCUGCCCACAUGCUCAAGUCCAGGUCCGUGUUGGGCAACAAGCCUGGUAGGCAGCUCUCAAAGGAGAGGGCGCAGGGGGCCCGUGCCAGGCACGCCUCAGAGGCUGCUGCGCACCCCCUACCCAAGGAGGAGGCCCCUCCAAUGGACGAGGGCUGCUAUCUUGACCAUUUCCCGCACCUCUCCAUUUACGCAGCCAUUGCCACUUUUAUCACCUCUGGCAUCUUUACCUAUAUCAAUUUAUAGCUUGCUUGA